AUGUCUUCCAUUAUCCGCAACGCUCUCGCGCUCAGCGCUGUCGCCGCCGUCGCUGUCGCUCAAGGAACCACUGCCCCCAAGCUCGACGCUCCCUGCGCCGAUGCCGUUAUCUUCAUGGCCCGCGGUAACAAUGCGCCGUACCAGGACAGCCGUACUUUCCCCUUCGUUGAAGCUACGUGCGGCAAGCUGAGGGCUGAGGGCAAGACCUGCGACUUCAUUGAGGUUGUGUUCGAGACUAUGAUCAACGGCAACUUCUGCGAACAGAUUGCUACGGGAGUCCGCAACGGUCAAUCCCAGAUUACUGCUUUCAACAAGAAGUGCCCUUGCACGCACAUUAUCCUUAACGGCUUCUCUCAGGGCGCCUGGAUUACUGGAGAUAUUCUUGGUGGACCUGGGGGUUGCUCCCAGAUCACCACCGGUUUGGACAACACCUCGGCUCCUGGUAAUGCUAUUGCUGCUGCUCUCCUCUGGGGCGAUGUCAUGCACGAGGCCAACCAGCCAUACAACGUCCUCGACGGCGCCGGUCUGCAGAAGGACGGCCGCAGCGCCGCCUCCCUCGCGCGCCUGAACCGCUACGCACCCGUCCUGCGCUCUUACUGCGCUAAGGGAGACCCAAUCUGCGCCAACGGCAACGAUGUUAACAAGCACUUGAGCUACUUCGAGCUGUACACCGACGACGCCUCGACCUGGGCCGUUGGAAAGCUCAAUGACGCCGCCCCUCUAUGUGCCGCUCCCACCCCUACACCCAGCGCUUCUUCCCCCGUCGUCGCCUCGUCUGUUGGCGUUGCGUCGGCUACCGCUGUUGCGUCGUCAAGCGCUGUUGCGUCGUCUACCGCUGUUGCUGCCCCAAGCGCUGUUGCUGCUUCAAGCGCUGUUGCUGCUUCAAGCGCUGUUGCUGCGUCAAGCGCUGUUGCUGCGUCAAGCGCUGUUGCUGCGUCAAGCGCUGCUGCUUCCUCCAGUGUCGCCGCUCUUCCCUCUUACCCUACUUCUCCGGUCCACAUUUCUCCCUUCCCUGUCCCCCAGCCAUACGAGCCUGGGUGCCUUCCCAUCAUGAAGAUUGAAUAUGUCUACGUUUAA